AUGGACUCAGCAAAUCUAGAGGUGGCCCAUGAAUUCCAGUUCUUCAGGGUGUACAAAGACGGCUGCGUCGAGAAGUUCUUUUGGCCCACCCAAAAAAUCCCGCCGUCCGACGACUUCAUCACCGGUGUUCAAUCCAAAGAUGUCAUUAUCUCGUCCGAACCAGAAAUAUCUGCUCGGAUCUUUCUGCCCCGACUAUCCGACCCGUCCCAGAGGCUUCCCUUCCUCUUCUACAUCCACGGAGGCGGAUUCUCCUUCGAGUCCACUUUCUCUCCCCUUUACCACCCCCACAUCAGAGCCAUUGCCGCGGAGGCCAAUGCUAUCGCCAUCUCAGUGGAGUACAGGCUAGCCCCAGAGCACCUGAUACCCGCCUGCUACGAGGACUGUUGGGAAGCGCUCCAGUGGGUUGCGUCCCAAGCUAAUGGAAAGGGUCCCGACCCAUGGAUCAACAAGCACGCGGAUCUUGAUCGGGUAUUCAUAGGUGGAGAUAGUGGAGGGGGGAACAUUUCCAACACAUUGUUAACCCGGGUCGGGUCAAUAGGGUUACUCGGAGUACGGGUCGUUCGGGCGGUUAUGAUUCACCCGUUCUUUGGAGGUAGGGAAGAUGAUGACGAGAUGUGGCUGUACAUGUGUCCGGGGAAUGGUGGGUUGGAAGAUCCAAGGCUGAGACCGGUAGCAAGGGAUUUGGCUAGGUUAGGGUGUGAGAGGGUGUUGGUGUUGCUUGCUGAGAAUGAUCAUCUGAGAGAAGUGGGUGGAGAUUAUUAUAAGAGGUUGAAAAAGAGUGGGUGGAAAGGGACGGUGGAGAUUGUGGAGACUACAAGAGAGGAACAUUUGUUCCACCUGUUCAGUCCAACCACUGAGAAGGCUUUGGCUCUUAUUAAAAAUGUUUCUUCCUUCAUCAAUCAGGAUUAGGUAGGUCUGGAUAUGUCUUUUGAGUUGUUAUGGCUUGUCAAUAAUAAUAAUAAUAAUAAAACAUAUUUGAAAAAAAAAAAAAAAAAAAAAAAAGAGUUCAAAUUAUGGUGAGAAAGUGAUUUUUCUAUGACAUAUUUGAUUGUGGAUGGAGGGUUCUUUUGGGCAGAAAUGGACAGCCCUACUCUAUGGCAGGGCAAAUUGAAAGACCUGCCGCCAAACUAGAGUAAAGCUUACAGCCGAAGCUAGUAGUACUUCCUAGCCACCAU